CCGGGACUCCGCCGCCGCCGCCGCCUCCCGCAGAGCGCCCGGCUCCAGCCCGGCCUGUGCGCGCAGCCCCGCCCGCCCGGCGCCCGACGUCAGCGCGGGGACCCUGCCCAGACCCGCCGCUGGGAGCCGGCCUCCCUGAUGCCCGGCCCCCUGUGACGCUCCGGUGCAGCCAUGGCGGGGGCCAAGGGCUGCUACGAAGGGAAGAUCGCCGGCCUCUACGACCUGGAGCGCACGCUGGGCAAGGGCCACUUCGCCGUGGUCAAGCUGGCGCGGCACGUCUUCACGGGGGAGAAGGUGGCCGUGAAGGUGAUCGACAAGAGCAAGCUGGACGUGAGCGCCGCGGGGCAGCUGCUGCAGGAGGUGCGCUGCAUGAAGCUGGUGCAGCACCCCAACGUGGUGCGGCUCUACGAGGUCAUCGACACCCACUCCAAGCUCUACCUCAUCCUGGAGCUGGGGGACGGCGGCGACAUGUUCGACCACAUCAUGCGGCACGAAGGCGGGCUGGCCGAGGGGCGCGCCAAGCACUACUUCGCCCAGAUCGUCCACGCCAUCUCCUACUGCCACAAGCUGCACGUGGUGCACCGCGACCUCAAGCCCGAGAACGUGGUCUUCUUCCGGGAGCAGGGCGUGGUCAAGCUCACCGACUUCGGCUUCAGCAACCGCUUCCAGCCCGGCAAGAUGCUCACCACGAGCUGCGGCUCACUGGCCUACUCGGCACCCGAGAUCCUGCUGGGGGAUGAGUACGACGCCCCAGCCGUAGACGUCUGGAGCCUGGGCGUCAUCCUGUAUAUGCUGGUGUGCGGCCAGCCGCCCUUCCAGGAGGCCAACGACAGCGAGACGCUGACCAUGAUCAUGGACUGCCGCUACAGCAUCCCGCCCCACGUGUCCUCGCAGUGUUCUGAUCUGAUCGGCAGGAUGCUGCAGCGGGACCCCAAGCAGCGGGCCUCCCUAGAGCAGAUUGAGAUGCACCCCUGGCUGCAGGGCGUGGACCCCUCCCCGGCCAGCCGCUGCCUGCUGCCCCUGACGUCGCACAAGCGGGUGUCCGAGGAGGAACAUGACAUCAUCAUCCAGGCCAUGACGUGUGGGAACAUAGCGGACCGGGACGUCAUCCAGGAGGCCCUGGAGGCCGAUCGCUACAACCACAUCACGGCCACGUACUUCCUGCUGGCGGAGCGGAUCCUCCGGGAGAAGCAGGAGAAGCAAAGCCACAAGCUCAGCUUGGUCUACAACUUGGCCCAGCAGGUGCAGAACAGCGCCAACCUGUCGGACCCAUUCAGCGCCAUGGGCGACACCCGGGACCUCUCACCCUUCGCAGAGAUGCCAGCUAGACUGGCAGCUUUCUCCAGCCCCCAGCCCCGGGCUGCCUCCGAGGAUUCUGGGAAAAGAGAUGGCAGACCCAUUUCCUUUUCUGCCCUGGGGGAAGACAACGCGCCCCCCGGCCUCCAUGGAAAUGAGCAGCUGGUCCGAGCCCUGCUCAGUCCCGCCCUGGCGGACGCCCCCAUGGCCAAGAGCACCCCGGCCCUGCAGCAGAUCUGCGAGGAGGAGGAGGAGGAAGAGGAGGAGGAGGGGAAGGCCAGCGCAAUGGGACGGAGAAGCUCCUCGCUCAACCAAGAGCAAAUGCGAGAUUUCCAGAGCUCCAGGGUCUCCCUGUUGUUCUGCCGCAGCGCUGUGGCUCACAGUAAGGGGGAGAAGAGCCUUGGGGCCACCAAGCCAGGCCUCUUGGAGCAGGGCCUGGGGAGCAGCUGGCAGCUGCCACCUCUCAGGGGGGCGCCGAGUCCCAGGAGCGAGCCGGGUCAGCCCCGAGAGGCGACACGCCACGGUGCCGCGCGGGAGGCCACGGACAACCUCAGCGUGAGCGUUGGGGAGCGCGCCCCCAGCCCCCUCCCUGCGGGGACGCCGGCGGCAGAGGGGGAGGGCGGGGGAGCGGGUCUGGAGGGGUGCCAGGCUGAAGGCAGCUCGGGGCCGGAGGAGGACGCCACCACCACAGAAAUGGAGGAUGGGGGCAGCCUGGGGCACGUGGGCAAGGCCCUGUAUCCAGGGAGCUGCGAGGGCCCCGUCGCCGGCUCUGCCGGGUGCUCUGGGAGCCUCCAGGCCACUUCCAGGGGGAUGCCAGUUCCAGAAGACAAGUCCAGGCAAUGUGAGGGGCCCCCUGAGACAGGCUCCUCCCACAGGCACCCAGCUGAGAGCACUCACUGCGGCAGCACCGCCGGCGGCGAAACCACGGCCGACAACGUGAUCAAGUUAGACCCUGCUAAAAACAAGAGCACCCACCUGAAGGACAGGCUCCUGCAGUUCCCGCUGUGCGAGAAGGCUCUGGCCUUCAAGAUCCGGCCCAGCUCCAAGGAGAGCCUGCUGUCCCUGGGGCAGUUCAACUGCUGCCACGUCAUCUAGGCGGGGCCCGGGCAGCACUGGGAAAGUGACGGCGCACGGCCCCAGACCAGGGGCUGCUGGCAGGUGCAGGGCUAAGGAACAACAUGCUGCUUCCGUUCUCGGUCUCUUGCUCCCACAAAGCAGCCGUUCUCCUGGCUCCCUCGGGCCGGACUCAGACCCAGGCCUGCCCGCUCUCCCUUCCCUCGGCCCAGGGCCCUCCCUUGGGAGCACGCUGAGCACCCGGCUCCUCCCGUGGCCAUGCGCGUGGGCCCUGGGACGGCGACAGAGCACACUGGCCGGGCGGGAGCCGCCUGGCUGGCCGGUCUCACGGAGAGCGCCCCGCUUGCC